AUGCCCACAAAAUUCAAGUUGAACACCGGAGCCGAGAUCCCAGCCAUUGGAUUCGGCACCUGGCAGGAUGCCAGUGAACAGGAGGAUGCCGUAGCAGAGGCAAUCAAGGCAGGAUACCGUCACAUCGACACUGCACGCGUUUACGGAACCGAGCAGGCUGUCGGCCAAGGGGUCAAGAAAAGCGGCGUCCCACGCGAAGAUAUCUUCAUCACAACUAAGCUAUGGAACAACAAGCACCACCCAGACGAUGUGGCCCCCGCUCUGCAGCAAUCUUUGGACGAUUUGGGAAUGGACUACGUUGAUCUGUUUCUGAUUCACUGGCCCGUGGCCUGGAAAAGAGGCGAGGAACUCUUUCCGAAGAAGGAUGGGAAGCCAAUCAUGGAGAAUAUCGACAUCGUCGACACGUACACGGCAAUGGAACAGCUUCUGAAAACCGGCAAGGCGAAGGCAAUCGGCGUCUCAAACUUCGACAAGUCUGAGAUGGAGCGCCUGAUCAAGAAUACUUCCAUCGUUCCCGCUGUGCACCAGAUGGAAUGUCAUCCGUGGCUGCAGCAGCGUGAUUUCACAGAUUGGCAUCGAAAGAAUGGUAUACAUGUGACGCACUACUCGCCGUUUGGGAACCAGAACGCUCUCUAUGGUGAGAAGGGCGGGCCCGCGAAGCUGAUCGAGGACCCUGUGUUGGCGGAGAUAGGCGAGCCGUACAACAAAACUGCCGCUCAGGUUGCUCUUGCUUGGGGAGUCUCGCAGGGCCACUCGGUGCUGCCGAAGUCUAAAACACCCCUGAGGAUCAGGGCCAACCUGGGAGGUGACUUCAAGCUGGGCCCAGAAGACAUGAAGAAGAUUGAGAAAAUCAACAAGAAGCUUCGUUUCAAUGAUAGCAGUGACGAGUUUGGUAGGGACUUCUUUAUUGGUCUGGAGGGAAAGAGCUGA